AUCUAUACUGUCACUUCUCCUAUAAACUGGUUGUAAUCGAUAUAUUGGGUGGAUUUUGAUAAAUCUUCCGAAUACGCCCACUCAGAGAUAUAGAUACCCAGAAUGACGAUCUCACGGAUCAGUCUGCCACAACCUGGCUUUUCAGUAAGUGUUCCAUGAGAGUCCAACAAGAUAUGACAGGAUAAUAUUUAGUUUACGGAAUUCCAAGUUGCCGCUGGCAUGGCUUCCACAUUACGAUGGUUCCUGUUAUUACAUUUGGGUCUCUGCGUGGCAUGGAUGGACGAGAGGCCUGUUCUGGAAUCUCGAGAUGGACACCUCACAAUCUCCAGUGCAAAAGACAGAAAUAUCACUCUGAAAAUAAUAGGAGACGGUUGCUUGAAUGUCAAUGACAUCAAUCUGCUCCACAUAGCAUCGGCGGCGCAAAAUGCGACACGAGUCAUUGACAGGUGGCGAAUGGGAUACUUGACUCAGAUGCAAAGUUCUCUUCACCAGCUAACGACUAUAGUGACAGGCUCUACAGGUUUGCAGAGAAGGGUCGCUCUGCUGGAAAGAGCCAUUGAUGGAAACGGCACGAUUCGUUCAGGCAAUGGAUCACGUAUACCGAGUAAUCCUUCAUUGCCAAGUAUCACCAGAUUCAGCAUUCGUCGUAUAAAUAAUCGACUUAGAAGUCUAGAAAACACACUGAGAAUCCUAAGUCAGAAACUUCGAGAGAAUGAGUGUCAGAGUAAUCCAUGUCAAAACGAUGGUACAUGUGCAGACCUUUUUGAUGGCUAUCAGUGUCAUUGUCCAUCAAAUUGGGAGGGACCAAAUUGUAUGACAGAUGUCAACGAAUGCGCGAGAUUUGUUGGCACAGAUCUUGGAUGUCAAAAUGGAGCAACUUGUCGUAAUUUGCCUGGAUCUUAUCGGUGCGACUGCUUGCCGGGAUGGUUUGGCCUUCAUUGCACGCAGAAAACAUCGAUUUGCAAUACAGAGAACUCGGAAGCGCUUUGCGGCGAGCAUGGUGUGUGUGUCGUAAAAAACACUCCACUGGGAUACACAUGCAUUUGCGAUCAAGGAUGGGAAAGCGACGGUACGAGUCCAGCUUGUACCAAGGAUGUAGAUGAAUGUGCAUUGAACCAUCCGCCCUGUUCCGUAAAUCCACCAGUACCAUGUCGCAACACGCGUGGCUCAUUCACUUGCGGUGCCUGUCCGCUCGGUUAUAGUGGAAAUGGCUAUUAUUGCACCGACAUUGACGAAUGUCUGAUUAAUAACGGCGGUUGCAGCACUUCGCCUUUCGUACAAUGCGUGAACACAAUGGGUUCUAGAGUGUGCGGCGCUUGUCCUCCAGGAUAUCGUGGCGAUGGUGUCAGCUGCAUUUUUGUCGGAGGUUGCGCUAUCAAUAACGGCGGAUGUCAUCCAUUAGCCACCUGCACCGAAAAUCCAUCGCUUACAAGUUCUUAUGUAUUGUGUCGUUGUCCGGCGGGUUAUGAUGGUAACGGAAUGGGACCGAACGGCUGUCAAUUAGCUGUAUCAGUUAAUACAGUGUGUACUAGCAACCCGUGCGUUCAUGGCACAUGCGUGCCAAAUGGUGCGAAUGGCUUCACUUGUACAUGCAAUCCGGGAUAUACAGGAACUACAUGCAACGUACCGAUUGAUCCGUGUACGCCAAAUCCAUGUCGAAACAACGGCAUUUGCGUUGUUUCAAAAGGACAGGCAACGUGUCAGUGCUCGUCUAGCUUCACAGGCAGCAGGUGCGAAAUAUCGCAGCAGACGUGCGGCGGUGUGCUACGAAAUCUCAUGGGAGUACUUCAGUUCCCUAUGGGCGGUAGUACUUACCAACACGGAUUAAGCUGCGCUUGGGUGCUGAUCACGGAACCUUCUAAGGUUCUGAACAUCACCUUCACGUCUUUUAAUCUCGAACAGUCCACAGGUUGCAAAUUCGAUUUCCUACAGAUUCAUGACGGUAGAAAUGCCGGUAGUCAAAUGAUCAACAGAUUCUGCGGUUCUACGCUGCCUAAUGGAAACGGGAAUAUCGUCUCGUCCCAUAAUGCGCUCUAUCUUUGGUUCCAUUCGGAUAACAGUGUAUCUAGCGACGGAUUCACUUUCCAUUGGAACACCAUCAAUCCUGUUUGCGGAGGUGUUUUAGAGGAUAAUUACGGUACAAUUGCGUCUCCAGGUUCACCAGGACGAUAUCCUCCAAAUAGAGAUUGCAUCUGGCGAAUCAACGUUGCAGAUUCGAAGAGAAUUCAGUUCCACUUUGGACUGAUGAUGCUCGAGGAAAAUUGCGAACAUGAUUAUGUGAUGAUUAAAGGCGCAGACGAUGAACGUUUAGGACUUUACUGCAAUCACACUCGUCCGCCGCCUUUGAUUACACCGAGUUCUCAAGCGAUUAUUCAUUUUCAUUCUAAUAAUGAAGCUGAAGAUGCUGGCUUCCAAAUUCAUUACUCGGUGAUUGAAGGUACGCCUGGUUGCGGUGGAACUUAUACUAGUGAGAGUGGCACUAUCAGUUCACCAGGCCAUUCGUCAGUUUAUCAACCGAACAUGGAAUGCGAGUGGAAGAUACAGUUGCCAGCAGGCGGCCAAAUAAGAGUAUCAUGGCUGCGAUUUGAUCUCGAGCCAUCUACUAGUUGUAAAUUUGACUAUGUCGAGAUUUACGACGGACCUAACACGCUUUCUCAAUUACUCGGGAGAUACUGCGGAUUAGAUCUGCCGCCAGCGAUCAAAUCGACCUCAAAUAUUUUAGUUAUAAUCUUCAAAUCUGACUGGUCUUACGAAAGGGAAGGUUUCACAUUAUCGUACGAAACUUUAUGCGGCGGUGAAUUCCAUGAUGAAACCGGAAUUAUCACGUCACCUUUCUAUCCGAAUCCAUAUCACAGCUCGAAAACAUGCAUUUAUGAAAUUAUUAUGCAACCGAUCACUAAAGGAAUCAUAUUAACCAUAGAAGACUUGGAUAUCGAAGGGACAAAUCCACAAAAUUGUUACUACGAUUAUAUGGAGAUUUACGAUGGCGAUAAUGAAAAUGCAACAAAACUUGCUACAUUAUGCGGAGAGCACACUCCAGACAUUCCUUAUUAUUCCACGUACAACUACAUGUACAUAAAGUUUAAGACUGAUAACUCUGUCGAACGUCGUGGCUUUAAAGCCAAUUACACAACCGUUGAUCGCAGAUGCGGCGGACUGUUGAAAAAAGAAACCGGAAUAAUUCAGCCUCCUACUGAAAAUGGUUAUUAUUCUGAUGACGAGCUGUGCAUUUGGACUAUUCAAGCACCACCAGGAUAUGUAGUACAACUCUCCUGGUUGUCAUUUAAUUUGGAAAGUCAUAGUCAUUGUAGUCAUGAUUAUGUUAAUAUUUACGAAAACUACACCUCACCCAAUGAAAACGCAAUAGCUAAAUAUUGUGGUAGUAAUAAACCGCCCGACAUAACGACACAGGAUCGUACUCUUACAAUACUUUUCCACACUGACUCGAGUCUCACACACGAGGGAUUCGUCGCCACAUAUAUUUUUGCAGACGUAAAAAAGAUCUGCGGCGGUCGUUAUUCAAAACCGAACGGCGUUAUUAGAUCACCGAAUUUUCCUGAUGAGUAUCCAAACAACAAGGACUGCGUUUGGAUUAUCCAAGCGCCGAACAGACACAGGAUCACGCUUACAGUCAAUCGCUUUGAUAUGGAAAAACACACGUGGUGCAAUUUCGACUAUUUAGAAAUUAGAAACGGUGGAUACGAUUCUGCGCCAUUAAUCGGCAAAUACUGCGGCCAAGAGAUACCUAAUGAAAUACCAAGUCAAACCAAUCAAUUGUACAUUAGAUUUGUUUCGGAUUUCUCGAGAUCGUCGCAAGGCUUCGAAAUACAAUGGGACAGUACCACAGAAGGAUGCGGUGGUACGAUGACUGGAAUGACUGGAGCUAUUAUAUCUCCAAACUACCCUGAGCCGUAUUCUACGAACGCGGAUUGCUACUGGAAGAUCGCUGUGGCAGCAGGAAGUUUAAUUCAAAUCAUAAUAGUGGAUCUCGAUCUUGAGCAACACAAAGCAUGUCGAUAUGACUUUAUUGAAAUAUUUGACGGCAUCAAUUAUCGUACAAAUGGAAGACGUUAUUGUGACAAUAACCAUACGAAGAUUAUUCAAUCCAAAUCCAAUCAUAUGACUAUUCGGUUUCGUAGCGAUUUCAGUAAUGGCGGCCGCGGUUUCUACCUGAAAUACGAAACGCAAUGUCACAACAAACUGCGUGGUUACUAUGGCGUGUUAGAAUCACCGAAUUACCCUAACACAUAUGAACACUCAAUGAACUGCAGCUGGAUUAUUGAGGCACCGAUCGGUAACACGAUUAAUUUGACUUUCUCGCACUUUGACCUUGAAAGAGGCUCUAUGGACGAAGAUAUGAACUCGCAUAAUUGUGUAUUCGAUUAUGUUCAAAUUAUGGAAGGCGAACAGGACACUUCUAACACCGAACUAGGUCGAUACUGUGGGAGUUACACUUCCCCGUUUAAAAUUAGUUCAUUGCAACAUCAAGUGUUUAUAACAUUUUUCACGGACUCUUUUAUCGCCUCUACUGGUUUCCGGCUUGAAUGGCAAGUGCACGGUUGCGGUGGAUAUUUAACUAAACCAAAUGAUGGAUUCACAUCGCCUGGAUAUCCGUCUACUUAUCCGAUGAAUAUCGACUGCGAAUGGUUUAUUGAAGUGGAUCAUACGUACAGUAUUGAACUCACUUUUCACGACAUAAAUACCGAAAAACGUAAAUCAUGUCUCUUCGACAAACUUGAAAUCUACAAUGGCGAGAACGCGGACACGCUUAAAUUAGCGCAGCUUUGUUAUUCGGACAAGCCGCUGGUCUACACUAGUUCCGGGAACAAAAUGUUCGUAAAGUUCCACUCGGACUCGUCGUACGCUAGUCGAGGAUUCAAUGCGAGUUACAGAAGUGUUCCUCUCCUAUGUGGCGGUAAAUUUGUAACAGACUCAGGCUUCAUUCAUUCGGCGAAAUAUCCGUCUAAUUAUCCUUUUAAUCAGAAUUGCGAAUGGCAGAUAGAAGUCGACAGGAAUCACGUCGUGAACCUUACAUUCUUGGACUUUGAUUUUGAGAACAGUAGAAAUUGCACUGAUGAUUCUAUCAAGAUCUUCGAUGGAUCAACGAGAGAUGAUCUAUUACUCGGAACGCAUUGUGGUAAUCAACUGCCCCCGUCUUACGUUUCAAGUAGCAAUCAGAUGUUAGUAGUUAUGCAGAGCGAUAACUUAAUUUCGGCAAAGGGUUUCAAGGCUCAGUAUACGAGAGCCUGCGGUGCUCGCAUAAUCGUGAAAGAUUAUGGUUUUAUUACGUCUCCAACUGUCAGUAACGGCGAUAUUGAGGAAACUAAUUGCACGUGGACGUUGAUAGCUGAAAAUCCAGACGAUCACGUAACUAUCACUUUCACGCAUAUGAAUAUCGACCCGCUUGAAAUAACCUUCUCGUUGAGUCCCAAUGAAGAUGAUUGCGAUUGGGACUAUGUUCAGGUGCUUGAGGGCGAGGGCAUGGAUGGCCCGUCUCUGGGAAAAUGGUGCAACAAUAAAACACCGCCGCCGAUUACGAGUACCGGAAGCUCGCUCACGCUGCAUCUAUUCGUGCAUUACGAGUUUGUGGGAUACUUUGCCGCGUCUUAUUCCUCCCUGAAUACAGCCUGCGGCGGAAACUACACAUCCGAAUAUGGAACGAUUACCUCGCCGCGUUAUCCAAACAGCUAUCCCCUAAACGCGGAAUGCGUUUGGAUUCUAAAUACCUCACCCGGCAACAAGCUUACUCUUGCGUUCACCGAGUUCGAUAUCGAGUCGAGUGAAAACUGCGAUUUGGAUUACCUCGAAAUACGGGAGAACAGCGGAAUCGGAAAACUCAUUAGCGUUUCUUGCGGCAAGGACGCUACGGCAAUUACAACCUCUAAUAGUCUGUGGAUCAAGUUUAAGAGCGAUAGUUCGGGCACCGCUAAGGGUUUCGUGGCCGAAUAUACUUUUGUCGGAGGGAACGAACUCGAAGGACCUAUGGGACGCAUUACCUCGCCAAUGUAUCCGUUGCCUUGUAAACGAUCAUUUACGUUUUCAUGGCGCAUCACCGUUGAAAUGGAUUCUGUCAUACGUAUCGAAUUUAAAGAUUUACAGAUAGAAAACAUUGGAUCAUCCUGCUUCGCUAGCGUUGAUAUAUAUGAUGGAUAUGAUAGUGAAGCGCCAAGCCUGUUAGAAGUCUGCGGCUACACUCUGCCAGAUCCAAUAGAAUCAUCUAGUAAUGUAAUUUAUAUCAGAAUGUCAUCCACUUAUAUUAGGCACGGAAGUUUGUUUGAUCUUACGUGGCUUCAAAUACCAAGAGACACUCAAGGCACUAACAAGGAAAUUAAACUGUCAGAAUGUAACAAGGAAAUAGCUCUAAUGGGCGAUCGCAACCACACGUAUGCCUUCAGUUCUCCUGGUUGGCCUACCGGAUAUGCAGACAAUUUGCAUUGCAAUUGGGUCUUCACAUCACCACCUGGAACACAUUUGGUGUUGAGAAUAAUGACCAUGAAUUUGGAAGAAACUAGCAAUUGUGUAGCGGAUGCGGUUUCCGUUUAUUCGGGAUACGCGUUGACGUCGACGAGCAAUGCUAAACUCGAAGGUAAAUUGUGCCUGGCGAAUUCCACGAUGACCUUAAUCAAAGGGACCAAUGUGAUGACGGUGAAGUUCGACACGGACACGUUUGUCAAUAAAACCGGCUUCAACGCAUAUGUAUAUCGAGAUUGCGGAGGUCAGUUAACUGAACCCAACGGCGUGAUUGAGUAUGACAAUUCUUCUGUGAGAGUAAUUCGCACAUGGCAUUUUACAUGCGAGUGGAACAUAACGGUAAAAGCUGGCAGAACAAUCAAAAUACAGAUUGUCGAGAUGUCGAUACAAGAAAUGUCCGAUCAUUCAUGCGGCAAUGAUUAUCUUCUGUUGAAAAAUGGACACGAAACGCUUUCGCCUUUGCUGGGGAACGGAAAGUAUUGUGGCAAUGUAACACCGUCAGAACUAGAAACCACCGGAAAUCGUGUUUACGUUAAAGCUACUGGCAAUGGUCUAAACUUCCGCUUUAAACUCACUUACAGAGAAGUGAGCAUGGUCUGUGGUGGCCGCUAUAUUUUGACAAGCAAAGACAAUAAAUAUGAAAUAUCAACCCCUAACUAUCCAAACAUCCCUCCAGCCUUUGCCGAAUGUACUUGGACAGCUACUGCUCCUGCUGGUGAAAAGCUUUCUAUCCACUUCCUGGAUCGAUUUGAUUUAAGUUAUAGCAAAAACUGUGAAAAGGAAUAUAUUGAAAUAAGGGACGGCGGAACUGAUAAUUCAAGGCUGCUGGGAAAAUAUUGUACAGAUGUAGCACCCAGCAGCAUGAGCACCAUUGGCAACAUGAUAUACGUCUAUUACUAUACAGAGUUAUCAGAGCCCAAGAAUGGUUUCAAAGCUUCGAUUGUUUCAGGAGAAGUGUGUGGUGGAGUUUUGCGCGGUACCAGUGGCGUAAUCGAGUCGCCGAAUUAUCCGAAUUCCUAUCCUGUCAAUCAAACUUGCUCGUGGUUAAUAAUAGGACCGACGGAUCAUACCUUGAAAUUACAAUUCCGUGACAUACAUCUGCCUGGUUUUCGUCGAUGUUAUUCGACCGAUCACAUUAAAAUUGAAGAGAAAUUUGUAGAAAAUGAUACGAUGUCGGAAAUUGGAACUUACUGCGGUCUCCAAAAACCAGAUGUAAUUGAAACAUCGUCAAACCAAGCAUACAUAUCUUUCAAGAGCGAUAAUAGGGAUUACGUAAUUUACAGAGGCUUUAGUCUGAACUUCACCGCUAGCCAAGAAACGUGCGGCGGUUCAUUAACCGCAAUGUUUGGGACAAUCAAAUCGCCUGGAUAUCCUAAUCCACGUACACGGCCUAGAUACUGCGAUUGGCGAAUUAAGGUACCAGUGGGAUAUCAAAUUGUGGUGGAUAUUUUGGAUAUAGAUGUUGUUAACGAACCUGGAUCUACACACAUAGGAUACGCACUUUCGUUCUACAACGAUUUCCGCUUUAAAUCAAAGAUCAAAGUCUUGGGACAAGGCGCUAGUAUAGAGCAGAUAAGGAGUUCCACUAAUACUAUGAGUCUCGGAUAUUGGUCCUCCAUUGGGCAUCGAGGUUUCAAACUUCGUUAUAUUGCACUACCCCCAGCCCCUUGCGGUGCAAGCUUGAGAGAACUGGAAGGCAACAUAACGGGUCCUACAACUCUGCCUUUUAAUCAAACUUCUUACGUCUGCAAUUGGAAAUUGGAACCACCUGAAAAUAUGAUCAGUUUGUCUAACGACACCGGUUUAACACUGACAAUAAAAGUUACCGGCAACUUGGGCGGACACGAGAGUGAAAACAAUAUUAAAAGAAAUUGCUUUUUCCCUCAAUACAUCGAACUUGAAGAUAUUGGAAUGUUAUGCGGAAAUAUGACGGAACCUAAAUAUUUGAGAAGCCCGAAAUUAGUCAAUGAUUUAACGGUAAUGAACGGCACUUACGGAAAACCUAUAAAUUACAAUAUAUAUUAUAAAUGGCAACCUUGUGGUGGUAUUUUACGAGGCCCAUCUCAUACUAUCAAAGCACCAAAGAAUAUUCUUAAUCCGAUAAACUGCGCUUGGCACAUAAACUAUCCUGAGAACGAGAUAAUUAAACUCUCUUUCGCCAAACUUCAACUCCACGAUAAUUGUGACGUAAAUUACCUCAUUGUCAGAAACGACGGACCAACGGCACCGCAAAUUGUAAGGUACUGCGGUCUUUCGGCAAGAGUACUUGGCAAUCUUAACAUUACUAGCCUAUCGAAUCAAUUAUGGAUAGAAUAUUAUACAUCUGUCGAUGUAAGUGAUUUCGAGAUUAAUUUGGAAGUCGCCAGCACCGGUUGCGGGGGAUCAUUACGCGGUGGCAGUCGUGCAAUUUUAUCGCCAGGAUUUCCUAAACAAUAUCCAAAUAACGCUGAAUGUACGUGGGAAAUUUUCGGUGAAAAUGGAUAUCACAUAGGUUUGGUCUUCGCCGAUCGAUUCGCCGUGGAAGCUAGUUCGAAUUGCGAGAAGGAUUAUGUAGAGGUAUUCGAUUGGAUUAAAAUUAAUAAUGCUGUUGGGGAAUGGAAAAGUCUCCAGAAAGUUUGCGGCAGGAGCACAUUUCCACCCUUUAACUCGACGUCGAAUCGCAUGAAGGUGAUCUUCCAUUCGAACGAGGCGAUACAGUUGGAUGGUUUCCGCGCCGUCUGGAGCGAGAAUUGCGGCGGUAUUUUCCAGGCCACCGAUAACGUCAAUGUCAUCCAAUCACCGUCGUAUCCAAAUUUCUAUCCACCCAGCGUGUUCUGCAAUUACACCAUCAUUGCGCCAGACGAAGACAUUAUUGUCGAGUUCACUGACUUUCAGCUCGAGCGUGGUCGCGGAGAUUGUCGUUUUGACAACAUCACUAUCAUAACGGAAAAUAUGCGUAUGGUAGAAAAUGUGGAGACUUUCUGUGGCAGCAACAAGCCGCCGCUUUUGAGGUCGACUUCAAAAGUACAAAUUAUCUUCAUGACGGAUAAAUAUGUGCAGCGAAGUGGCUACCAAUUUAAAUAUUUCCUGACUAAAUGUGGUGGUAUAAUUACGCAUCCCACUGAACUGAAACCUUUGAUGCACGGAAACGAAUACUUUGGACGCAUGAAUUGCACUUGGAUCAUUAAAGCGCCACAAGGGAAGAGCGUACUUCUACGUUUCGAGAAGUUCGUUCUCGAGUACAGCACACAUUGCUACUUCGAUGAUGUCGCCGUUUAUGAGGGUGAUUCAAUACUAAUCGACAAACGGAUGGGUCAGGUUUGCGGAAACUUGACUGAACAUUUACCUACGUUCAAGUCAGAAUCCAAUUCCAUGGUCGUUAGUUUCAAUUCUGAUAGUUCGCAACAUUUUGAAGGUUUCACGGCCAAGGUUCUAUUUACAACAAGUCCAGCUGACGGUUGCGGAGAGUCUAUUAAUAUGACUUCGAUCCGAUCUAAAUCGUUCAGAACUCAACGAGCGGCAAUUUAUCAAUCGUUCGAAGAGUGCCAUUGGACUGUCGUGACAUCGCCGGGCAAAAAUAUUAAAUUUACUAUAAAUAGUAUAGAUAUCAAGAAUUCAACUAAUAAUAACACGCGAAAUGACAUAUGUACCGGUGAUUUCCUUGAGAUUCGAGAUGGCAGUGGACUUUAUGCCCCACUUUUGGGUCAAUACUGCGGCAACACGUUGCCACUUCCCGUAGUAUCUUCCACAAACUCACUAUGGAUUAGAUUUUAUACCGACGGUACUGCUGUAGGAGCCGGUGCGACAGCUACCUUGGAUGUUGUUGAUUCAUUAUGCGGCUUGACUACUCGAACAGUGAACGAAACGACGCAAAUACUUACGUCGCCAGGUUACCCGAAUACGCAUACAUUUGGUACACAAUGUCGCUGGAACUUACGACACCCCGACGAAUACUCUGACAGACUACGAAUUCGAUUUAUAGAUUUCGAAAUGGCAGAUUCUAACAAAUGCGAGACCGAGUAUUUAGAAAUUACUGAACAGAAGAGAUUCAUAAACGAAGGCUUCGGAACGGACUUCAUUUAUAGUGGCACGAAAAAUCAUCCAAUUAGCAUAGAAAUGGGUAGUCGUCUACCUUAUUCCUCAUAUAAAUAUUGUGGCAACGAAUUGCCACAUGAUUACUACAGUUAUGGCAACAGCAUACAAAUUUCGUUUAAAUCAAUGUCCAAUGACCACAAAGGCUUUAAGCUGGAAUAUGAUAUAGCAAAGUGCGAUCGGAAUUAUACGAGCGAACAAGGACGAAUUUUCCAUCACGGAUUUUCGAAUUGCUGGUUCACGAUUACCGUUCCGGCAAAUCGCACUAUUUCUCUCUACUUUAAUCAAUUCAGCAUUUAUGAUGCAGACCACUGCAUACACAACGCGCUGCAAGUUCAUGACGGUGACUCCAGCGGACCGCUUCUAGCGACGUUAUGCAGCACGGCAAUACCAAGCCCGAUUUUCAGCACCGGCAACAAACUCACUUUGCAUUCCUGGACCGAGAGCGCCAGCUCUUUUCAAAGUUACGACAUCAUUUACACGACUACGGAUGCAGGUCGUGGCUGCGGUGGUCGUAUAUUCAAUUAUGGCGGCAGAUUUACGUCGCCGUUGUACCCCAGCAUAUAUCGCAACAAUACUGUGUGCACUUGGGACGUUAGCGUGCCGCGAGGCUUCAAAAUCAUUCUCCAGUUUCUCGUCUUCGACAUCGGCACGAAGAAGAACUGCGGCAGCAAUAAUGUCAAAGUUUACGACGUACUUCCGAACGAACAACUUUUACGCAGCACAUAUUGCGGUGGAGAUGACCCAGCGAGGGUAGAAGCUGACAGUAAUCGAGUUCUCGUUCGAUACUCUUCGACGGUGAAUAACAUUGGUACAGGAUGGGUUAUUGCAUUUAUGGCACAAUCUACUACGCAUCCCAUCGAUAUAUUGAGCAAUUAUUGAUAUCGGUAAGAAGACAUCAAGACUGUGACAAGUGGUGUUUAGAAAUAAGAAAUUUAAUAGCAGACAUUAGUAAGGAAAGACAUCUUUAUACAAUUAAUCACAUAGAUAGACAAAAUAAAUAAAGUCGCCCCACGUA